AUGUCCCAAGAAGGGGCAGACAGUGACCACUCCUCGGCGAGGCGAGAUGAUGAACGCUGGUCAACUCAGGCAGCCGGUGCUCUAACGGAAUCGAGUUCGGCAGGAAGCUCCACACAGUCGCUCUCUCGACGUCACAGUUCUCGACGGCCGAUAACGAGACGGCUUGCCCAUGACAUACAAGUCUCCCAACAAAGUCAGGUGGGGACCGUGUCUUCGACAGAGGAUAUCUUGAACUGGGACGACACUCAGGUCAACCGGUUCAUGGGUCUUACGCCUCCACCGUUACCUCCGGCCAUGCUACCAUAUAAGAAGCGCACUCUCAAACAGGUCUUAGACAAAGACUACCCUCCCCGGAAAGAUAAGAUGUCCGAGGAACUCGAUGGUCUAGUUCAUGAGACCAAGUCUCCCGAGUAUGUCCUGGUAUCUGGCCCUUUUUCCCCCCAGACUGGCGAAUCCAGCCGGACUGCAGAGGCCAACCAGCACAAGGAGACCAAAAUGACAGAAGCUUCUCUGACCCCGAGAUUUCUGCCUCCCGACAUGCCGAGUGGAUACAAUCUCAACAUUAACCUAGACCGGCGCGAUGAAAGUCCUGACGAAGGGCAAGCACCACUCAUCCAGCAUACUGGCCAGGGCGGCUACAACUGCUCGGCAUCGAGAUAA